UCACAAUUGUAGAGAGAAUCGGAAUUUGUUGUUGAACGCAGUAUAGAUUUUCUCUAACUCUAUAAAAAACGUUUUCCUUUAUUGCAAUCAGAGAUUGACUUUCAGUGAAUGCGAACGGACCUAUCGGAUUUGUUUCUAAAAGGAUAACACUACGUUUUACCAUUAUUGGUGAAAUUAAAGACAAGCAUAUAUUAUCCGAAUAACAGCAUUAGAAUUACAUUGUUUGAAUGUGAAUAAUUAUAAUACAAAUAUAUUUAUACCGUGUUUUCUGAUUAUUUGAUAACGUAAUAAGUUUAAGCUUAAACUUUAGUAUUUCAUUAUAAACAUGUAGUUAUGUAAACAUGGAAUUGCAAGAUGCAUAUUUUAUUGAUGAGGAUAAUAAUAACAGAACUAAUCAUUAGAAAAAAAUAAAUAAGUGAGCAAUCAAUAUUUCAAUGGAUAUAUACCGUUGGUUUCAAAUAUAUGAUAUAAAAAUGUGACGUGUACAAAAAUAACAAAAAUACCUGGAUUUUCUUGCAUGAUCUUAAUUAGAAUGGGAAAGAAGUAUGAAAAUGUAUCAAGUGAAAUAUGGACUAAUUUAUCAGACCAACUAAUGUCUUCGACUAUUGGUGAAUUGAAUAUAGAACAACAUUUAUUUUCAAAUCUGGGAGAACGAAGGAAGGAUACUGUGUCAGUAAUAUUUCUAAUUGGUGUUUAUUGCAUAAUAUUUAUCAGUGGAUUAGCUGGAAAUUUAUGCACGUGCAUUGUUAUAUGGAAAAAUAGCUACAUGCAUUCUGUGACAAAUUAUUAUUUAUUCAAUUUAGCGAUAUCGGAUUUACUUACUCUUGUUUUAGCGCUUCCUCCAGAAGUCUACUCCAUUUGGGAAGCAUAUCCAUGGCGACUCGGGGAACCAUUUUGUAUACUAAGAUCGUUUAUUAUGGAAAUGACUUCUUAUUCAUCGGUGCUUACAAUUACUGGAUUUACAAUUGAACGAUACAUAGCAAUUUGUCAUCCAAUUAAAGUUCAGCGUUGUUGUCAUGUGUCUCGAGCCACGAGAUGUAUCAUACUGAUUUGGACAGUGUCGGUGUUUAGUGCCUUGCCAUAUCCAAUUCAUACAAGAACGUUUUAUUAUCUACACGAUCCGUCUACCGGUGAACCUAUUCUUGAUUCCCUUGUGUGUAAUAUUCCAUUAAUUUGGACGGAAAGAAUGAUCACAGUGUUCCAAAUGUCAACAUUUAUUUAUUUUAUUGUACCGAUGGUAGUGAUAACAUUAUUUUAUAUUCUUAUUGGUGUAAAGUUAAGAGAAAGUGCGUUAUCAGCGCCUCGAUCUCCACAGUAUGGCAAAGCUACUGCUGCACGAGCGAGACGGGCAAUCCUGAAAAUGCUUGUUGCUGUUGUUGUUGCCUUUUUCCUUUGCUGGGCUCCAUUCCAUGCUCAACGACUGAUGACAUUGUAUAUAAAAACUUGGACCAAACAAUUGAUUGAAGUACAGAGCUACUUAUUUUAUGUUUCAGGGGUACUGUAUUUUUUCAGUUGUACGGUCAACCCAAUUCUGUAUAAUUUACUGUCAAGGAAAUUCCGUCGGGCUUUCAAACGGACACUCUGCAGAUGUUGUGUUAAUAUCAAUUCUCUGCCAACGUUUUAUAUGCUCAAGGCAAAAUUUAUUAACAAUGACGGGCAUUUACAACCAGAUGUCCAGGCUAAUUCAAAAGAGUACGUUCCAGAAAGAAACCAGAUGCGCCUGGUGACUUUUUAUAGAAACGAGAAACAAUUUACUCAUUCUGUAAGGAAAGGUGUGAUUACUGAAAAACAAUUAACAAAGGAUACUUUACUGAAUCGAACCAGUAAGGAAGGAAGCUCAAGUUGUAGUUCACAUGCACAUUCUGACGGUGGUUUACAUGCAUUAUGUCGUCAUAAAAGAUGUACAAAUCGACGUCAAAGUUUUUUGUCACCGCGUCCAAAUGUUAAUGUGGCAUCGUAUCAGGAUAUAGAUGUGCUAAAAAGACAGGAUUUCAACAACAUGAGACACAGUGAUCCAGUAUCAACUGAGGAAGAAAACAUAUUGUAUGAAGACAGUGUUUCCGCAUCAGAUCAUCCAAUAUUACGAAUAACUUUACGGGUAUAAUGAAUAUUUUUAACAUAUAAUUUGACAAAAAUGAUUUGGUUUGAGUUUGGAUAUAAAUCACAUAAGAAUGAUUAUGUUAUACAUUUGACAGGGUUUUUUUUAACAUUUAAUAUCAAUAAUAGUGUUAAGUUUGGCUGGUCCAGAUUUGUUCGUCAUUAAUUUUGUUGAUUCUAUUGCAUGUAAAUAUUCAAUCCUUGCCACGCACGCUAACUAUCCGAAGUAGCGAAAGUGCAUACCACAAUCGAAUGUUGGUCUGAACUUGCUGCAUUGGAAGAAUAAUUUGACGCAAGCAGAUUAAGAUUACGAUGAAUUACAAAAAGACUAUUCUGGUUUCGUUAUAAUAACUUAUGUGGUAAAUGUGUAUGAUUAUAAGAAAUGUUUAAUAUUUACUUUACUGAUAACUGAAUCAAGUGUAAACAGUCUGAUGUAUGCAUGUCGAUUGUUCAUUCUUUUAAACUUAUAAUUUAUAUAAAUGUUGCAUUCUGCUUGAAACCGGUGCUAUUGGGAAUAGAAAAGGCAGAACACUGAAAAUUCAAUAUUUCUUUAUUGUACACAUUCUUGUUAACGUCACUUAUGUGACACAAUUGUUGUUUCAUCUUUGAAAUCGUAUGUUUUUAAAAGAAUGCUAGUUCAUUCAUAAUAUCAAAUAUAUACAACUUAUUGUGUACAUGUUCAUUCUUAUAAUUUG